GCUAAACAAUCUCCCCGCUCCGCAACGUUUAUUUCAUUCAUAUCAUGCCGGACGCCUGCGAUUGACACGCUGAGCGCUGGCAGAGCAUGCCUUGAACAUGGCGACACAUCCCCCUUUUCCGCCGAUAGUCUGCAUCGUCGACUUCCACCACGCAAGGGGUCCUGAGGUUGAGAAAUGGAUUGGCGUCCCCGAGGACUCCGACCCCGCCGUGGAAAAUGACUGGCCCUUGCUGCCCUUCCAGGCCCUGUCAGACGGCGCUCAUACAGCGACCGAAGACUUCUCUUACUUCACCUUGCGCCAUGAAUCCACUCCCGACGCCCCCGCUACCUCUCUCUUCGGCAUCUCCUGCACGCGACAGCUCGACGCCAACAGCCUUCUAAACCGGCCCCCCGAUGUUACCCGAUCAACCGUCCAGAAAGCCGUUGUAGUCAUAUCAGACAGUCCGCAACAUUUCGCGCAUUUGCGGGAGAAGCUCUCUGUCGUCACCAAGGCGUGGUUCGCCCAGUGCGACUUCACCGAUCUCGAUAUUCUUCAGCGGUUUCAGGAAAGCUUGGGCAAGACGUUCGCAGACCGAGAACAUGAGCGGGAUCAAUACUUUGGACUCUCGCUGCGCGAGCUCAUACAUGAGUUUAAGUACCAGACUCUGGUCCUUUUCAAGGCGUGCUUGUUGCAGCCCAAAAUGCUUUUCUUCGGUUCGCAAUGCGAGCGCUUGUGCUUGCUACAGUUUUCCUUAAUAUCGUUAAUACCCGGUUUGAUUCGCAAACUCCAGGACACUGCCGAUCCCCAAUUCAAUUCUUACGAGGAAAACAUGAAGAUGCCAACGUCUCUGAAGACAAGCGAGCGCGCAUCCCUGCUUGCAUACAUGGGUUUGCCACUUCAGUUGUUUGGAAAGGGCAGUCUCUUUGGGCCUUACACGCCAUUGCAACAGCUUGACAUGCUGGCUGAUCGCGAGACAAAAUCGUACAUAGUCGGUUCUACGAAUUCUUUGCUUUUGCAGCAGAAAGACCGUUACAGCGAUAUCUUAAUCAAUCUUGAUGAUAAUACCCUCAGUAUAUCUUCUAUCCCUCUGCGAAAUUCACUUGGAUUGACCACACCCGAUCGCCGAUGGAUUGAUUUCCUGACACAGCAAGUCAACGAUACAUGGGACGAGAAAAACCCCGAACGCCCCAUUACUCUUGGUUAUGCUGGCAGCGAAGAAUCGAUCCGUCUGCAGUUUGAAGAGUAUUUACUUGCAUUACUUGCUUCUGCAAAAUACCGCCUUUAUCAAGAGGCGCAGAAGGAGAACCCAAAGAGCCCCGUUUUCAACGAAAUUGAGGGCGACCCCGCAGCCGAGUUCGGCAACGAGUUUAUCAAUGCUUGGAUGAAGACAGAGAACUUCCGCAUCUUCAACAAGUUUACUGAUGGCCACCUCUUUGACAUUGUCGCUCCCGAACAUCCAUGUAGCGGUGGGUUGACCAUCGAAGAUGUUCAACGGAGAUUCAAUGCACAAGUUGAAUCACUACAUCUGGAUGAGCGGUUGGCACGCAGCAAAGAAACGGUGAACAAGCAUCUCUCCGAGGGCCAGAAGAAGGUAUCAACGGCUUAUAACAAGCUAUGGGCCGACAUCGAGUCCAUGCGCGAGGCACAGCGCAAGAAGGCGGAAGAGGAUCAGAAAGCAGCUGCCGAAAAAGCCGCCACGGAGCAAGCUGCUGCAAAAGAGAAGGAAGGGAGAGGCUCGCCAGCGUCCAGCAUCAGCGACAAAACGGCUCAGUCGACGGGUGAGAGCGCAAAAUCACGAGCGAGCUCGUAUUUCUCGAGCUGGGGUCAAUGGGCGAGCGAAAAGAGGGCGGGCUGGAGGAAGAAUCCCGGUACUCCCACGACACCAACAACACCGGUACCGCCAAGCCCUAUCGACAGUAAGAAGAGCCUCGAGUCGGCGUUAGAGGAGAAGAGAGAGGAUGGCAUCACACAAAAUAACGGCGCAAACACAGAAGACAAGGAGGAGGAUGUAGAGGCGGCAUCAAAAGACGAGCAGCCUGCGCAUGACGAAGUUAAGGUCGAGAGCGUCUGGAGCGCCGGAGACGACGAAGAUGAUGAUGACAGGCAUAACCGUGUUGGGAACAUAGAUGCACAGGCAAGCAAGCGGAAAUCGCAGGAACAGAGCGAGGCGGAGCAUAACCCGUGGGCUGAGGCGAAGGCGUAACAUGUCGGCGGCCGGUCUGGAUCUGGGAAAAGAGUAGGGACACGAACGGACAAUGAAGGGAAGACAUAGUUCACGGCAACGCAUCCAAUGUUCAUUCCACUGUUUAUAAUUGGCAUUUACAAUCUCUCUAACUGGCAUUUGGGCGCGAGGACAGUUGGUUGGUGUAUGUACAUGAAUUGACAGUGGGUAGGGAUGAUAGGUGGAAUACUCCGUACCUAGGUGUGGAUAUGUAGGUAGGUAACAAUACGACAUCAUCAACGCACUCAAGCGGU